UAGGACUUGUUCAUCCAACGCUUUAAAAGUCUAGAGAAAAUAUCCUAAGCUCUCGUCCACCCAAACUUGAAGGGAAAUCACAACUGAUGGAAGAGUUUGUUUGAACAGAAAAUAAAUUUGUCGAAGGGCAGCGAGGCAGCAGUUCACCUUGUGUUUGAGUUAAAGCCUCUUGGGGAUUUCGUCUUGGAACGACUUGGGUUGAACUUUGAGAAAUUUUUGCAGUCCAGAGACGCAGAUACCAAGAUUACAGUUUGUCUCAACCAUUAGGGAUUUAGGAGGCAGGUUAGUCAACAUGAAGCUGUUGUUCGUUGCACUAGUCUGGAGCAUUUUGGGGUCCACUGGCUGGGCCCAAAAGUCUCAGGGGAAAAUUAUCAGCACAGGCCUGCGACACACGGCCCAAAAGACCGGCAACUCUAGUGUUGUGGAAGCCAAAACUUCACCCGCAACUCAGAAAGUUCUUCAGCGAAACUCGCCCAGGCAGAGGAAAGUGACGGUGCCUGCAGCUGGCAGUCUCUUGGUUGCAGGAAAAGAGCAAUGCUUGGUGAACGGAAUGAUCAUGUACCAUGGAGCAGCCUGGUCCCCUCGCCAAUGUACCUUAUGUGUUUGUGAGCAAGGAAAGCAGCUGUGUGAACCGGUGGAUUGUGAGGAUGUCACUUGUCCUGAUGGAAAGUUACAAACACCCCCAAACGGGUGCUGCCCAGUCUGCGUGAAGUCAGUAUCAAAACAGGCUCCACUUGAGUCAGCAUCAAAAGUUGAUGAAGGAAAAGUAAUAGACCAAAGAAGUGAGGGAAAGAAAAAGGACACGAAGAUGCUGAAAGUCAAAGGGGAUAUCGCAAGGACCUCAUCCAAACCAGCCGUGGCACCUAAUUCAGCAGUGUAUAGUAAUGUUACAGCUAAUAGGACCCAGAAAUUAAAGAAAACACCAGUGGUAAGCAGACUGGUUAAUGUUACUGAGCGGAAAGCUAAAAAAAAAGAAUUGAAUAAUGGAAAACAAGAGACUGACCUCCAGAAGAAAGGAUUGCCGCUUGUAAAACCAAAGAAAGACACUACUAGAGAGAAAGAUUCAGAUAAAGAGGAUCUGAAGACCACAAGAAAGGAACAACCAAAAGAAGAGAAAAAAGCAGUAAGAAAAGGGUCAGCACAACACCCCAUCACAAACAAGACGGCGAUCAUCCAAAUGGAAAGGAAUAAGCCUGAGGACACAGAGAAGCCGCUUCCCGCACCGACCAGUCCAAGUUUUCCAUUGUUUAUUCACGCAACACAACCUCACAUCCCAUCUCUCCCAAGUGGCUGUCUCUUGUCUGAAUCCACCAUAGCCUGUGCCAACACAAAGAUGACCUACCUUCCACUCAUGACUGACCUCGGACUGAAGACUCUCUACUUGGCUGAGAAUGACAUUUCCAAGCUUCCUGCCAGAGCCUUCACGGGUCUCCCCAACUUGGAGUGGUUGGAUCUAAGCAAGAACAAAUUGGAUGACUCUGGCCUGUCCUUCGAUGUCUUUAAGAAUUUAACCAAACUGAAGCGGCUGAAUUUGGACGGUAACCAGCUGACAGUGCUGCCCCUCCUCCCUUCAUCUAUUCAGGAACUGAAAGUCAAUGACAACAAUCUCAAGGAACUGAACAGACACAGCUUCCGUGGCCUGAGUAAUUUGCUGACUCUGGAAAUGGAGGGAAAUGGGUUUCAUGAUGGAAAUGUUUCCCCUCUGACAUUCAAGCCCCUAAAGAAGCUGAUUUACUUACGUCUUGAUCGGAAUCGCUUUCGGGCUAUACCCUCAGGGCUUCCAGCCACUGUCCAGGAGCUGCACUUAGACAGUAACCAUAUUGAGGUUGUAUCAGAAGGAAUACUCAAUAAAACUCUAAACCUGAGCACUAUUGUGCUGAGUAAGAACAGGCUGCAGGAAGACCGCAUUGCUCCCCGGGCCUGGAUACACCUCAUGAACGUGGAAUCCCUGGAUUUGUCUCAUAACCGUUUGGUACAUGUUCCUUCCUUUUUGCCCCGGGGAUUAAAGCAGCUCAUCCUGCACCACAACCAGAUCGAGCUUAUCCCAGGUUAUGUAUUUGCUCACAUGAAGCCUGGACUGGAAUUUCUCCAUCUAUCACACAAUAACCUGAGAGACGACAGCAUACAUGCAGUAUCAUUCUUUGGCCUGUACAAGUCACUCAAUGAACUUUUGCUGGAUAAUAAUAACCUUCAGACUAUCCCCCGUGGAAUCCUAAACUUGAAAUCCUUGCAGGUCCUCCGACUCAGCUUCAAUAAAAUAAGGUACGUGCCUCUAAACUCAAUCUGUGAUACCAGGAUAUCUGAAGACUCCAGUCUCGUUUCUGUUCAUCUGGAAAACAACUACAUCGACCGGCACCAUAUCCCUCCCACAGCAUUCUCCUGCAUUAAGACUUACCAUAGUGUCAUCCUGCGCCCUCAGCAUGAGGAGUCGGAGGAGUAUUGAAGGGAAGAACUUGAUGAAUCCAAAGAAGGUUUCCGCCCACCUCAAGUUUGCAACGUAUAUAUAUAAAAAAAGAAGACGCUAGGAAAGAACUUUAGAAAGUUAUAUGGAGCAUGAGUGCAGGCCUCCUUGUGCUAAUAUGCCUUCCAUCUGAAGACAUGGGGGCAUGUACUGAGAAAUCCUUCAUGAGUGCUGGUGCUCAUCCACAACAUCUACCUUUAUACCUUUAAAGGCAUAAAUAAAGAUUUCAUGUUCUAA